AUGUACAUAUUGGCCGCUACGGACUACUCCUCUAAAUGGGUGGAAGCUGUUCCACUCAAGGAGGUGAAAAAGGAAACUGUUAUCGAUUUUAUCAAGUCAUAUAUAAUUUUUAGGUACGGCAUACCAAGAUACAUAAUCACUAAUAAUGGAACGCCAUUUGACAACAAGCUCGUGAAGAGUCUAUGCGAGAAGUUCAGUUUCAAACAACAUAAGUUUUCAAUGUAUAAUGCACAUGCCAACGGCCUUGCUGAAGCUUUUAAUAAGAUGCUUGGUAACCUUUUGAAGAAAGUUAUUGCAAAGAACAAGAGAGACUGGCAUGAGAGAAUUGGUGAAGCUUUGUGGGCAUACUGA